GGCGACGGCAGCACCGGCCGGAGCACCAGCGCGAGCAGCAGCGGCGGCGGCGGCGUCCCGAGUGCCCGCGGCGCGCGGCGCAGCUAUGCGGUCCCCACGGACGCGCGGCCGGCCCGGGCGCCCCCUGAGCCUCCUGCUUGCGCUGCUCUGCGCCCUGAGAGCCAAGGUGUGCGGGGCCUCCGGCCAGUUCGAGUUGGAGAUCCUGUCUAUGCAGAACGUGAACGGGGAGCUGCAGAACGGGAACUGCUGCGGCGGCGUCCGGAACCCGGGGGACCGCAAGUGCUCCCACGACGAGUGUGACACGUACUUCAAAGUGUGCCUCAAGGAGUACCAGUCCCGCGUCACGGCCGGGGGGCCCUGCAGCUUCGGCUCGGGAUCCACUCCUGUCAUCGGGGGCAACACCUUCAAUCUCAAGGCCAGUCGUGGCAACGAACGCAACCGCAUCGUGCUGCCUUUCAGUUUCGCCUGGCCGAGGUCCUACACUUUGCUUGUGGAGGCGUGGGAUUCCAGUAACGACACUCUCCAGCCUGACAGCAUUAUUGAGAAGGCUUCCCACUCGGGCAUGAUAAACCCCAGCAGGCAGUGGCAAACGCUGAAGCAGAACACAGGGGUUGCCCACUUUGAGUAUCAGAUCCGUGUCACCUGUGAUGACUAUUACUACGGCUUUGGCUGCAAUAAGUUCUGCCGACCCCGAGAUGACUUCUUUGGACACUAUGCCUGCGACCUGAAUGGCAACAAAACGUGCAUGGAGGGCUGGAUGGGCCCGGAGUGUAACAGAGCUAUUUGCCGACAGGGCUGUAGUCCCAAGCAUGGGUCUUGCAAACUCCCAGGUGACUGCAGGUGCCAGUAUGGCUGGCAAGGCCUGUACUGUGACAAGUGCAUCCCGCACCCUGGGUGUGUCCAUGGCACCUGUAACGAGCCCUGGCAGUGCCUCUGUGAGACCAACUGGGGCGGCCAGCUCUGCGACAAAGAUCUCAACUACUGUGGGACCCGCCAGCCCUGUCUCAACGGGGGAACCUGCAGCAACACGGGUCCCGACAAGUAUCAGUGUUCCUGCCCUGAGGGCUACUCAGGAUCCAACUGUGAAAUCGCGGAGCACGCCUGCCUGUCUGACCCCUGCCACAACAGAGGCAGCUGCAGGGAGACCUCCCUGGGAUUUGAGUGUGAGUGUUCUCCUGGCUGGACAGGCCCUACGUGUUCCACAAACAUUGAUGACUGUUCUCCAAAUAACUGUUCCCACGGGGGCACCUGCCAGGACUUGGUAAAUGGAUUCAAGUGCGUGUGCCCACCCCAGUGGACUGGCAAAACGUGCCAGUUAGAUGCAAAUGAAUGUGAGGCCAAACCUUGUGUAAAUGCCAAAUCCUGUAAGAAUCUGAUUGCGAGCUACUACUGUGAUUGCCUCCCGGGCUGGACGGGUCAGAAUUGUGACAUAAAUAUUAAUGACUGCCUUGGCCAGUGUCAGAAUGACGCCUCCUGUCGGGACUUGGUUAACGGUUAUCGCUGUAUCUGUCCACCUGGCUAUGCAGGCGAUCACUGUGAGAGGGACAUCGAUGAAUGCGCCAGCAACCCCUGUUUGAAUGGGGGUCACUGUCAGAAUGAAAUCAACAGAUUCCAGUGUCUGUGUCCCACUGGUUUCUCUGGAAACCUCUGUCAGCUGGACAUAGAUUACUGCGAGCCCAAUCCCUGCCAGAAUGGCGCCCAGUGCUACAACCGUGCCAGUGACUAUUUCUGCAAGUGUCCCGAGGACUACGAGGGCAAGAACUGCUCCCACCUUAAAGACCACUGCCGCACGACCCCCUGUGAAGUGAUUGACAGCUGCACAGUGGCCAUGGCUUCCAACGACACGCCCGAGGGGGUGCGGUAUAUUUCCUCGAACGUCUGUGGUCCCCACGGGAAGUGCAAGAGUCAGUCGGGAGGCAAAUUCACCUGUGACUGUAACAAAGGCUUCACUGGAACGUACUGCCAUGAAAAUAUUAACGACUGUGAGAGCAACCCCUGUAAAAAUGGCGGCACCUGCAUCGAUGGGGUCAACUCCUACAAGUGCAUCUGUAGUGACGGCUGGGAGGGGGCCUACUGCGAAACCAAUAUUAAUGACUGCAGCCAGAAUCCUUGCCACAACGGGGGCUCGUGUCGUGACCUUGUCAAUGACUUUUACUGUGACUGUAAAAACGGGUGGAAAGGAAAGACCUGCCACUCACGUGACAGCCAGUGUGACGAAGCCACAUGCAACAACGGUGGCACCUGCUCUGAUGAAGGGGACGCUUUCAAGUGCAUGUGUCCUGGAGGCUGGGAAGGGACGACCUGCAACAUAGCCCGAAACAGUAGCUGCCUGCCCAACCCUUGCCAUAACGGGGCCACCUGUGUGGUCAACGGGGACUCCUUCACGUGUGUCUGCAAAGAAGGCUGGGAAGGGCCCAUCUGUACUCAGAAUACCAAUGACUGCAGUCCUCAUCCCUGUUACAACAGUGGCACGUGCGUGGAUGGGGACAACUGGUACCGGUGUGAGUGUGCCCCCGGCUUUGCUGGACCUGAUUGCAGAAUAAACAUCAAUGAAUGCCAGUCCUCCCCAUGUGCCUUUGGGGCAACCUGUGUGGAUGAGAUUAAUGGCUACCGGUGCGUCUGUCCCCCAGGGCACAGCGGUGCCAAGUGCCAGGAAGUUUCAGGGAGACCUUGUAUCACUAUGGGGAGUGUGAUACCGGACGGGGCCAAGUGGGACGAUGACUGCAACACCUGCCGGUGCUUCAAUGGAAGGAUCGCCUGCUCCAAGGUAUGGUGUGGCCCUCGACCUUGCCUGCUCCACAAAGGGCACAGCGAGUGCCCCAGCGGGCAGAGCUGCAUCCCGAUCCUGGAUGCCCAGUGCUUCGUCCGCCCCUGCACGGGUGUGGGCGAGUGUCGGUCUUCCAGUCUCCAGCCCGUGAAGACCAAGUGUACCUCUGACCCCUACUACCAGGAGAAUUGUGCCAACAUCACGUUCACCUUCAACAAGGAGAUGAUGUCACCGGGUCUCACCACGGAGCAUAUUUGCAGUGAAUUGAGGAAUUUGAAUAUUUUAAAGAAUGUUUCUGCUGAAUAUUCAAUCUACAUAGCUUGUGAGCCUUCCCCUUCUGCGAACAAUGAAAUACACGUGGCCAUUUCUGCUGAAGACAUACGGGAUGAUGGAAACCCUAUCAAGGAGAUCACUGACAAAAUCAUAGAUCUCGUUAGUAAACGUGAUGGGAAUAGCUCGCUUAUCGCUGCCGUGGCCGAAGUGCGAGUGCAAAGGCGGCCUCUGAAGAACAGAACGGAUUUCCUGGUUCCUCUGCUGAGCUCCGUCUUAACUGUGGCUUGGAUCUGUUGCCUGGUGACGGCCUUCUACUGGUGUGUGCGGAAGCGGCGGAAGCCCAGCAGCCACGCUCACUCGGCCUCCGAGGACAACACCACCAACAACGUGCGGGAGCAGCUGAACCAGAUCAAAAACCCCAUCGAGAAGCACGGGGCCAACACGGUCCCCAUCAAGGAUUAUGAGAACAAAAACUCCAAAAUGUCAAAAAUCAGGACACACAACUCUGAGGUAGAGGAGGACGACAUGGACAAGCACCAGCAGAAAGCCCGGUUUGCCAAACAGCCGGCGUACACGCUGGUAGACCGAGAGGAGAAGCCCCCCAACGGCACGCCAGCCAAACACCCAAACUGGACAAACAAACAGGACAACAGAGACCUGGAAAGUGCCCAGAGCUUAAACCGGAUGGAGUACAUCGUAUAGCAGACAGCGGGCGCUGCCGCCGCUAGUGUGGCCUCUUCUGAGCUUAUGUAGUUUUGCUUGGCUCUGUCUUGCUCUUUGCCACCCCGCCGAGUCUGUUCUGGUAAGCGGGGUGUGCUAUUAAAUAGGCCUCGCCUGACAGGGGCACGGAGGAAAACCUGAAAGCCUUUUCAGCCACCAAAUUCAGCUGAAGUUCUCAAAAAACCAUGGGCUGCUGUGAAGCCAGAGCUGUGAGAGCACCCCAUCU